AUGAAGGAGAAGCCAGGAGGCAAGUCCACAGAACGAUCUGCAGCAUGUAAAUUCUGCGGCAAGACAUUCGCGCGCUCCGAUACGCUCCUUCGACACGAGAAAAGUCAUCACUCUACAGAAGAUCGAGGGCCCAUUCAUCGAGUGACGACUGGGACGUUCCGAGCAUGUCAUGCCUGUGCAACGGCCAGAUCCAGGUGCUCGGGCGGCUCGCCCUGUGGCAGAUGCAAUCUGCGCCAGCUCGAAUGCGUCUAUCCAAAUAAACGCCGGAAGACCUCAUUGUCGACCGACUCCUUGAAAAACAACGACGAAGAGGCCACGAAGCAGCGAAUACUCGGAAACUUCAAUGAACCCUCUCUCGUCAAAUACACGUACGGAUGGAGAAUCAUUGUCUACUCCAAAGGCUACUCCGGCUCCAUCCCACACAGCGCAAGCUCCUAUACCAUCAAACUACGCAAUAGGACACCAGGCGGCACAUCUCAACUGUUACAGCACGACCAACCUAGCAAUGAUUACCUCGGCCCCCAGUUUAGUGGUGGAUUCGUUGAGCCUACAGCGACCUUCGAGUAUAACUCGUUCGAUGAACCACUAAACUGGAUCCCUCCGAGCAUUUAUCCAUCCCCGUACGAUGCAGAACUUGAACAAGAUUUCUCUUUCAUUCUCCCUGCACUAUCUAAUAGUCUAGCUGCUGACUACACGGUGGACUUCGCCAUUAAUCCACCCGAAUACAUCUAUUCGGCCGGCGAAGACGUUGCAUAUGGAUCAUCCGAGACUCAAGGGUUUCGAGUCCCAUUCGAGGUUGUCGAACAGAGUCCCGCGUCUUCAACAAGUGACGGCAUACGCAUACCUAAAUCCGUGCACGGCAGCUCUGUCGGUUCAGACCUGAAGCGGAAGAAAAGAAAAAGUCUCCCCUUGCCCGAUACCUUUACCCAACCCAGAAAACAGAGUACGGGCUAUGCGUUUCCAGAUGUUGAAUCCUGGGAUUUCAUGUUGACACACAGCUCGGCGGAAUACUGUCCUGAGGCAACUUACGACUUGAUUUUGAGCAACUUCCGAAAUCUGUGUGCGCAGACGACGAUGCCAACCCCAUUCCAAAGCUCUGGCUUUCCACCCUUGAGUGUAGUCAACAUUUGCAUUGAUCUUUAUUUCGACAACUUCUACAAGAAUUUCCCCCUCCUACACCAGGCUUCAUUUGGGCUUCAGUCUGACUGGAUAGUGGUCCUCGCUGCCGCGGCAAUCGGCAGUUCCUUUACAAAAUCCUCAUAUGGUCCGGACAUUCGAGAAGCUUUCCAGGAGUUCCUCCGCCGCGCUGUUGACAGGUACACAGACGGGGUACCAGACUCUCCGCUGGAACUCCCACUAGCACAGGCCCGCAUCUUGAAUCUUGUCGGGUUGGUUCAGUCGGAGCGUGAGCAGCUCAGGGCACUGGCGCCACGAUAUCAUGCAGAUCUCUCACGCUGGUGUUUAGAAUCAGGGGUGUUGCAGCUUUCUUCAGGAGGUGAUCUGCCAGAGGCCGAGGCGGACGGUGAAGGUAUCGAGGAUCGCUUGCGAUUGUGGAAGAAAUGGAUCAGGGUCGAAUCCUUGCGGCGUAUCGGCUAUAUGUCUUGGUUACUUGAUUGUUGCCUGGGCUACAUGGCGAACGCACGUCCGCUCUGUAACAUGGACGAUGCAAGAACUCCUCUACCCUGUUCUGAAUCUGCUUGGGAUGCCUCAACUCCAGAACUCUGGGCAGACAGAACCCGAGAACUGGCGGAAACCCCCUCUCUCUGCGGUGCCCUUGAGAUGCUCUACAGUAAGAAACAAGUCGAUCCAGAGUAUAGCGAAUUAUCACAGAUGUUGCUGAUUCACGCCCUUUAUCAACGAACGUGGGAAGUGGGCACGCACAUCAAACAGCCGCUGAGCGAAUGGGUUCCCACAGGCAAAGCUCGGGGCUUCUUAAACACACCAUCAAAGGACAACUUCUGGCUCCCGCUCUACCCUCUCUACGCGAACUGGCGUAACAGCGCUUGCGAUUGCCUCGAUGUGCUUCAUUGGCAGGCUUCGAGCAUUGUAGCAAAGGCCUCCGGGCUCGAACACGGUGUUAUCCUUCACCUACACCUCGCCCGUAUUGUCCUCCUGACCCCAUUUCAGGAGAUACAAGACUUGUUGUUCUCGUUGAUCGGCAAAGUGGACAACUCCCCAAAGGCAUCAUUUUAUGUUCAUGACGGCAGCUAUCAACCACGCAACAGCGCCAAACUGCCGCAGAUCCGUAUGAUAACGUGGCGAUGGCUGCGAGAAGAUCAGCACAAGGCUCGUCUUGCCAUGGUGCAUGCUGGCUCGGUGUUUUGGUAUGUUCGUCGGUACUCGGCCAUGAGCUUCUUCGAGCCGAUCGCCGUCUAUCUGGCAAGCCUAGUUCUCUGGACAUAUGGCUCCUAUAAAUCGACUGCUUUUGAGCGCGACGCUGCUGCGGCCAGUCAGAAGCCCGAAGGUGGUCCGAGCGGACCUGACGCCGGGGCCCCCAUCCAGCCGUCUCGCAUGGAGAGAAAAGAACAUCCCAUCACCUUCAUCAGCACGGCCCACGGACGGCCAGGCAAAGCUGCUGGUGGGGGUGGGGGUGGUGGUCCCUCGAAUCCGCAGCUUUCUCUGUCUCCUGAAUCAUCUGCCGACCGACGCUCUUCGGACAACAAGGCCGUGUUCGCCGUGGUGGGCGGCACGACACCUACCUCAAGGUCGCCUCCAGGCGCGUGCUCCGACUCGGAUUCCGACCAAGGCACCUGCUCCUCGGACGACGAGCAACCCGAGUUCAUCCACCUGGACCGCCCCUGCGACGACGAGAUGGUUCAACACUUUGUGCGCAACGGACACACCAUGUCCGGCCACAUGACCAACGUGGGAGACAUCUGCAAGACACCACAGAAGGUCCUGUUGGAAGGGGCAAAACUCUUACGGACGCGACUGGCCUGUUGGGGCGUCAGUCGAGAAUAUCACGACAUCUUGGUGAAAUUGGCAGAGCUGAGGAAAGCGACUUGA